AGAUAUGUUUGUUACUGUAGUCUAAUGCUGGCAGUCAUCGAAGAGACUUGUAAAGAUCAAAUCAAUUAAAAUAAUCCGUAUAGAUCACGAUAACUCAAAAUUUUAUUCCGUGUAAAUCAUCGUAAAGUGUUGAUAUUCUCCAAUGGUGAUCGUGUCGUAACGUUAGGAAAAUGAGUUUGUUAGGUAACAUGUACAACAAAUUUGUGGAAAAUGUUGACUCGCGUGUGAAACUAUUGCCACUUGUUGGUACUUCCUUCGCAGUACCAAGUAUCAUUGCAGUUUAUCUCCUAGUUAUAUAUUUUGGACCCAAUUAUAUGAAUAAUAGACCGGCUUAUUCCUUGAAAAAAUUUAUUUAUUUUUAUAACAUCUUUCAGAUUCUAGCUAAUAGUAUUAUAAUAUAUAUGUAUAUAGAUGGCGGAUGGUAUAAAGAUGUAUUUAUUUAUUGUGUACCCAUUACGUAUUCUAUGGAUGCCAGAUCUAUGAAGAUAAUCAAUGCGUUUUGGUGGACGAUGGUAUUAAAACUUCUCGAUUUCAUCGAAACGGGAAUAUUCGUGUUACGAAAGAAACAUCGUCAAAUAUCGUUUUUCCACGUGUAUCAUCAUACAACAACGGCCUUGAUCUCCUGGCUGACUUUAAGGUAUUACGUGGGAGGAAUGACUUCUUUCGAGCCGGUAGUAAAUUGCAGCGUACACGUCAUUAUGUAUGGGUAUUAUUUUCUAUCAUCGUUGGGUCCAAAAAUGCAAAAGUUGAUCCUACCGUAUAAACAUGUUCUUACUAUUAUUCAAAUGAUACAAUUAGUGAUAUUGAUGUUACAUGUCAUCCAAGCUCUUCUGCCGUUUUGCAACAUGCCAAAAUUACCAUCGUUUGUUAUAUUUCUUGAUAUCGUUAUAAAUUUCUUCUUCUUCUAUAACUUUUACAAGAAGACGUAUCAGAAAUCGAAAAUGAAGAAUAAGUAGGAGCAAAGAUCAGCCGUAAAAUAGUAUUUGUAAAUCGAGAAAAUAAAGAUCGUAUUAAUGCAGAA